AUGCAUGCAGUUGUAAUACGCCUCUCAUGUUCAUGCUAUAUCGUGGAUGACCACUCACAGCCGCUGCGAGGUGGUAGCAAACCCGAUCUCUGUUUUGGCUGCCUAGUGCAGCCUCUCACUCCGUCCCACCUCCGCCUUCCAUCCAUUCAGCUAUUCUUUUCUCUGCAUAAGAACAAGGCCAGUGGGGCUGAUAACGCUGGCCAGGCGCAUACUGGAGCUGCGGCAGCAGCAGCAGCAGCAGGGGCUGAUUCAGAGGCCAAUAAGGGGUAUGCAAACCCGUAUUAUGCGGGUGGGGGGGGCGGAGACGGAGGGGGAGGCGUUCGGGGGAGUGGAGGGGGGGGCGGGGGGGAAGGCAUGGCGGCCCCUGGGGCAGGGGGAUACGGGGGAUCAGGAGGGGCAGGAGGGGCAGGAGGGGCAGGGGUGGCAGCGUAUGGGGCAGCAGCAGCAGCAGCCGCAGCAGCAGGGGGGGCAUAUGGGGCGGGAGCAGGGGGCCCGUACGGGGCGGCAGCAGGGGGGGCGUAUGGGGCGGCAGCGGGGGGGCGUAUGGGGCGGCAGCAGGGGGGGCGUAUGGGGCGGCAGCAGGGGGGGCGUAUGGGGCGGCAGCAGGGGGGGCGUAUGGGGCGGCAGCAGGGGGGGCGUAUGGGGCGGCAGCAGGGGGGGCGUAUGGGGCGGCAGCAGGGGGGGCGUAUGGGGCGGCAGCAGGGUUCAGGCGGGGAUGGGGUCUGGUUGACUCUAGCGACCUCUUUUCCCUUCACUCAUGUUCCCCCUCCUCAUCUUGACACCUCCUCGUGCAUUCCAGGUGGCAUGUACCAGCAGCAGCCACAUCAGCAUGCCAACGUGGCACCACAGCAGCAGCAGCAGCAGCAGCAGCAGCAACCAGCAGCCUUCCAAUCACCUCCGUCCGUCUGUCAGCAAUUCGCCCUUGCUGACCUGGCGCGGGCCACCAGACUCUCAACGAGAGGUGAGUGCACUGCACCCAGCAACACCGCACCCAGCGGCACGUGUAUGCACCCGCAGCACUGUAGCUCGGGUUCUCAUCUCACCAAGACCUUUCAGAGAGAGGUGGCAGCCAUGGUAACAAAGCACCAUCCCAACCUCGUCCGCCUGCUGGGCUACUGCAUCGACAUGCACCCACCAGCACCGCACUCCACCCAGGGCGAUCUGAGCAUGGAGCAGAUAGUGGUGUACGAGUUCAUGGGUCGUGGGGACUUGGACCGGUGGGUGGGGGAGGGGGCGGCACAGCCGCUGCCGGUGGCGCAGCGCGUGGCGCGCCUCUCUCUCCCCUCACCGGGGGGCAUCGACAUGCACCCAGCAGCACCGCACUCCACCCAGGGCGACCUAGACUCAAACCCGCCAACGUCCAUCCUCCUUGAGUCCAAGAUCGAGGUGGCAGACUUUGGGUUACUGCCUCAUGUUCCUUGCCCUCCCACCUCCCACGCUUAA